AUGGCUAGAAUCUCACCACUCUCUAUGUCUCUCUUUCUCACUCUCAUUAUUUUUGGUACUACGGUGAAAGACUCAAAUGUCGGAGGAGAAGGAUCGCUUCGUCCGGAUCAAUGCUGCGAGGCAUGUGAUUAUCGAUGUUCGAACGCCCAUUAUCCGAAACGAUGCUUAUUCUACUGCGACAUGUGCUGCAAAAAAUGUUUGUGUGUUCCAUCAGGCACUUACGGCCACAAAGAAGAAUGUCCCUGCUAUAACAAUUGGAAAUCCAAACAAGGAAAACCCAAGUGCCCGUAG